UUUCGCCCUUCUCGGCGGGUGCCUUCCUUUCGGAGCGGCAGGCGGGGCCUGGCCUCCCCCGGCUCCUCCCCUGACGCUCUUCCUCCCUCCGGCGGGGAGCUCUUCUGCCUCCUCCUCCUCCUCCUCCUCGGCCUGCCUGCCUGCCUGCCUCUGCUUCUCCUCCUUAUCUGAGCAGAGCCGCCUUGGCUGGCGGGGAGCCGCUGCUGCUGUGUUUUGGAAGUUCCUCUCCAGCAGAUCAUUCCCGGCAGCCAAGAUGCCUCUGGGUAAGCAAACCCGAGUCCUGCUCCUCAACGACAUGGAAAAGCUGGACAAGACCCUCUUCCGGCUGGAGCAAGGUUUUGAACUACAGUUCCGACUUGGUCCUACCUUGCAAGGCAAGCAUGUUAAUGUGUAUUGUAACUACCCAGCUGCUGGAGAAGUGUUUGAUCGACACAAGUUCAGGUGCCUGUCUUGGCACAAUCCAACAGGAAAAGAAGAUGAUUCUGACAAGCACUGUAAACUAGAUCUCCAGAUCUCUGGAUCUUACCAGUAUUAUUUUAACCAUGAAAAUCAGAAAAGUGGAGGAGGUUACAUAGUUGUAGAUCCUAUUUUGCGUGUUGGUGCUGACAAUCAUGAACUGCCCUUGGAUUGUGUUACACUCCAGACAUUCUUAGCUAAGUGUCUGGGACCUUUCGAUGGCUGGGAAGAUCGUCUUAAAGUCGCUAAAGAAUCUGGUUACAACAUGGUUCACUUGACACCAGUUCAAAAACUUGGUCUAUCUAGAUCAUGUUACUCCUUGGCUGACCAGCUGGAAGUCAAUCCUGAUUUUUCAACUCCUAAUAAAAAGUGUUCUUGGAAUGAAAUUGGAAAAAUUGUAGAAAAAAUGAAAAAUGAAUGGAAUAUGCUUUGUAUUACCGAUGUAGUUUACAAUCAUACAGCUGCAAACAGUGAAUGGAUAACUCAGCAUCCUGAGUGUGCUUACAAUCUUGUCAAUUCUCCUCACUUGAAGCCAUCCUGGCUUUUGGACCGAGCUCUUUGGCAUUUAACUUGCAGAGUAGCCAGCGGGAAAUACAGUGAUAGAGGGCUGCCUGCAUUGAUUGAAAAAGACAAUCACUUGAAUUCUCUUCGUAAAAUCAUUUGGGAGGAAAUUUUUCCCAGCCUAAGAUUGUGGGAGUUCUUCCAAGUAGACGUUAACAAGGCAGUGCAGCAAUUUAGAACUCUCUUAACUCAAGGUGGCUCAAAAGUCAAAACAGACCCCAAACAACAUCUUGCAGUCAUCCAGGAUCCUGAAUUUAAGAGACUUGGCUGUACCGUGGAUAUGAAUGUUGCACUGAACACCUUUAUACCACACAGCAAUGGGCCCACAGCAAUAGAAGAGUGCUGUAACUGGUUCCGAAAGAGAGUGGAAGAGCUAAAUGGCGAAAUGUAUCGGCAAACCAAUUACCAUCAAGAGCAGGCUGUCAACUGCAUCAUGGGAACAGUGAGCUAUGAACGAUUGGCUGGCCAUGGACCUAAGCUUGGUGCAGUAACUAGAAAGUAUCCUCUAGUUACAAGCUAUUUUACAUACCCCUUUAAAGAGCAAACCCUGGAAGAGGAGGAAGUUAUGAUGCAUCAGCUUGACAAAGCAAGUUACUUUAUGGCUCAUAAUGGCUGGGUGAUGGGAGAUGAUCCUCUGAGAAAUUUUGCUGAACCAGGGUCAAAUGUUUAUCUGAGGAGAGAGCUCAUCUGCUGGGGUGACAGUGUCAAAUUACGUUAUGGGAACAAACCAGAAGACUGUCCGUAUCUUUGGGCACACAUGAAAAAAUACACUGAAAUUACUGCCAAGUAUUUUCAUGGAGUACGUCUGGAUAAUUGCCAUUCAACGCCUCUUCAUGUAGCUGAGGAGAUGCUGGCAGCUGCCAGGGCAGUCAGGCCUAACCUUUAUGUGAUAGCUGAACUCUUCACGGGCAGUGAGUUAAUUGACAAUGUCUUUGUGAACCGCCUUGGAAUUACCAGUCUGAUUAGAGAGGCAAUGAGUGCAUACAACAGUCAUGAAGAGGGAAGAUUAGUUUAUCGCUUUGGAGGAGACCCAGUUGGGUCUUUUGUUCAACCACGUUUGAGACCCUUAACACCUGCUAUUGCUCAUGCCCUAUUCAUGGACAUAACGCAUGAUAAUGAAUGUCCAAUUCAGCAUCGAUCAGCUUAUGAUGCCCUUCCCACCUCAACCAUUGUGUCAAUGGCCUGCUGUGCUACAGGAAGCACUCGAGGAUAUGAUGAGCUGGUACCACAUCAGAUUUCUGUGGUUGAUGAAGAACGUUUUUAUCCAAAAUGGAAUCCAGCGGCAACACCUUUGACAGCUGGUGAAGUUAAUUUCAAAACUGGAAUUAUAGCAGGAAGGCUGGCUAUCAACAGACUGCAUCAAGAAUUAGGAGCAAGAGCUUUUAACCAGGUAUUUGUAGAUCAAGUUGAUGAAGAUAUUGUAGCUGUGACAAGGCAUUGUCCCAACACACAUCAGUCUGUUGUAGCUGUUUCCCGGACAGCUUUCAGAAAUCCCAAGACGUCCUUCUAUAGUCAAGAGGUUCCCCAGAUGUGUAUUCCAGGGAAGAUUGAAGAAGUGGUACUUGAGGCUAGGACUAUUGAGAGAAAUGCUGGUCCUUAUAAAAAAGAUGAGCAUGCAAUUAAUGGAUUGCCCGACUACACAGUUGAGAUCCGAGAACAUAUUCAGCUCACCGAAAGUAAAAUCAUACGGCAAGCUUCAGUUGCUACAAAAGGCCCUAAUGAAUUUGUCCAAGAGAUAGAAUUUGAACAGUUGACUCCAGGAAGUGUAAUUGUAUUCCGAGUUAGCCUUGACCCGAAGGCCCAAGAUGCUGUAGGCGUACUCCGGAAUCACCUGAUCCAGUUCAGUCCUCACUUUAAAUCCGGAAGUCUUCCUGAUGAUGGUUCAGAGGCUAUACUCAAGACACCUUUCUUAAACAUUGCAUCAAAAUUAACCUUGGCAGACCUGAACCAGAUACUAUAUCGCUGUGAUUCUGAGGAACAAGAGGAUGGUGGAGGAUGUUAUAACAUACCAAACUGGACUCCCCUUAAAUAUGGUGGUCUUCAAGGUAUUAUGUCAGUGAUGGCAGACAUACGACCAAAGAAUGAUUUGGGGCAUCCCUUCUGUGGCAACCUGCGAGCUGGAGAUUGGAUGAUAGACUAUGUGAGUGAUCGUUUAAUAGCCCGCCCCGGAGCCUGCUCUGAAGUUGGAAAGUGGCUGAAAGCAAUGUUUAUCUACUUGAAACAAGUUCCUCGUUACCUCAUUCCAUGUUACUUUGAUGCCAUAUUAGUUGGUGCAUAUACAACACUUCUUGACUUGACUUGGAAGCAGAUGUCUAACUUUGUUCAGAAUGGCUCGACAUUUGUUAAACAUCUUUCUUUGGGUUCGGUCCAGAUGUGUGGAAUAGGAAAAUAUCCUUCUCUGCCACCCCUGUCGCCUGCUUUACAGGAUGUUCCUUAUCGACUGAAUGAAAUUACAAAUGAAAGAGAACAGGGCUGUGUUUCUUUAGCAGCUGGUUUACCUCAUUUUUCUUCUGGAAUUUUCCGCUGCUGGGGAAGGGACACUUUCAUUGCACUGAGGGGGCUGAUGUUAGUUACAGGACGGUACUUGGAAGCAAGAAACAUCAUUUUAGCAUUUGGAAGUACCUUAAGACAUGGCCUCAUUCCCAACUUGCUUGGCCAGGGGACUCAUGCCAGGUUCAAUUGCCGGGAUGCUGUGUGGUGGUGGUUGCAGUGCAUACAAGAUUACUGUAACUUCGUUUCAAAUGGCACUGACAUUCUCAAGUGUCCUGUAUCCCGAAUGUACCCUACAGAUGAUUCCCCUCCUCUGCCACCAGGCCAAAAGGAUCAGCCGCUCUAUGAACUGAUACAGGAAGCUAUGCAGAGACAUAUGCAGGGCAUAGACUUCAGAGAAAGAAAUGCUGGUCCACAGAUAGAUCGAAAUAUGAGAGAUGAAGGAUUUAAUGUGACUGCAGGUGUGGAUAUGGAAACUGGCUUUGUAUAUGGAGGGAACCGUUUCAAUUGUGGUACAUGGAUGGAUAAGAUGGGAGAGAGUGACAGAGCUCGCAACAAAGGUAUUCCAGCAACUCCAAGAGAUGGCUCUGCUGUAGAAAUUGUUGGCUUAUGCAAAUCAACAGUUCGUUGGCUAUUGGAGUUGUCUAAGAAGAAUAUAUUUCCUUAUUCUGGAGUUACUGUGAAAAGACAUGGGAAAGAAGAGACUAUUACUUAUGAUGCGUGGAACAGAAAAAUCCAGGCCCACUUCGAAAAGUUGUUCUUUGUGUCCGAGAACCCGUCUGAUCCCAAUGAGAAGCAUCCCACUCUGGUUCAUAAGCGGGGUAUAUAUAAGGACAGCUAUGGAGCCUCCAGCCCUUGGUGUGACUAUCAGCUAAGGCCAAAUUUCCCUAUAGCAAUGGUUGUGGCACCUGAAAUGUUCUCCAUUGAACGUGCUUGGAAAGCACUUGAAAUGUUGGAGCAAAAGCUACUUGGUCCACUUGGCAUGAAAACUUUAGACCCAGAUGAUAUGGUUUACUGUGGUGUGUAUGACAACGCCUUGGACAAUGACAACUACAAUGUGGCAAGAGGAUUUAAUUAUCAUCAAGGACCUGAAUGGCUUUGGCCCAUUGGAUAUUUCCUUCGUGCCAAGUUAUACUUCUCCAAAUUAAUUGGUCCAGAAAUCUAUGCAAAGACUGUGUUCUUGGUUAAAAAUGUCCUUUCUCGCCAUUACGUACAUCUUGAGAGGUCCCCUUGGAAGGGUCUUCCAGAACUGACUAAUGAAAAUGGUCAAUAUUGCCCUUUCAGCUGUGAAACACAGGCCUGGUCAAUUGCUGUCAUCCUUGAGGUUCUCUAUGACUUGUAAAAGGGAUUGUCCAUCUUGAACACACACACACACACAUCCUGUUGGCUCUUGUCUUGAAUGCAAAUAACUGCUUCUCUUGUAGUUUUAAGUCCUGCUUUUCAAAAUUGUAUCUACACUUCCCAGACACUUGGCUAAGGGAGGGGGUUUCCAUCUUUAAGGAUCGCACUCUAUCAUUUUUAUUCAUAUGGAAACUGAGGCCUUAUCCUACUAUUAGUCCUAAGUAGAGUGAACCCUUAGAGAUUUUUACGUAAGUUUUGAUCCCAACAUUCAGUAGGUCUGCUCUGAUUGAAACUAGCAAUGAGAUUCAGGUCUGAUCGUUUUAAGUGCCAUUGUUGAGAACAUAUUUAAUUUUAAGUGUAACGAUUAUACAGAACCUUAUUAUACUGUGCCAGUUUUCUAAUACAGAAUCUCUUUCACGGAACAAGAUUUUAUAGUAUAAGAACUCCUAGUCCAAUUUUCUUUUCCUGAGAUUUUGCCACCGAACUUUAUGAAAAGAUGAAAAGAUGUCAAGAGAACUGAAGGCCAAAUUAGACAUGUUUAAAUCUGGAUGUCAGAGCAAUAUAGGGAUUGAAAGGGAUGGGUUCGUAUCUGGCAAAAGGAGCAUACAGGGGAGGAGUAUGGAAACCUCAAGCCAAAUGACCAUUUACCUGUCUGCAGACCGUGCUGCUUGCAUGUUGCAGUAUCUGAGCAGGGUCAUCAGAGGACAACCAAUUUUAAGAGCAAAACUUAGGAAACAAGAAGUAGGGAAGUGGGACAUUGUAGACCUAGUUUCCAUACUCAUUUGGCUCAUAAAACUGGACUGCCAAGGCUAUCCAAGCCUCCAUGUGAUAAGUUCUUAUCAGACUAUGCAAUUGAACUGCUGGUAGAAACAUAUUCUUUUCACCCCUUUAUUGCAAACCCACUUGGCUUGGUAUAGGGGCGAAAAGAAAGAAAAUCCUUUGUAGCAGGAAAUUAUAAGACUCUAGAUUGCCAUUCCUGGUUUAAUGCAGGGAAUUGUGUGCCAUUCUAGAUGUUGUUGAACUGCCAUUCCCAUCAGCCCUAAGCAGUAAUGAAGAAUGCUAGGGUUUGCAGUUCAUCCACAUCUGAAGCGCCUUGGUUUAACAAAUGUGUCAGGAACUCAGUAGCCUGUGCCAUUAUUUCAAUGCAAUUAAUUGGCAGCUGCCAUCUUAAACGAUCAGCUUUUCCAUCAGCAGAAGGAAAGAGUUAAACUUGGCUUAAAAUACAAUGUGGUGACGAUGCAGAUUUUGCUGCCCCUUUUUAAUUUUUGUAUGUAACAGUAACAAUUUUUAGUCUAUGUUAAUCAUUUCAUCACCAUUGUUGAAUUCUUAGCUCCAAAAAGAGAGAGAAAGGAAUAGUUAGCAUUUUAUUUGACUACAUGCUGAUGACAGGCAUGUAAACAGAAUAGUGUAUUGCUGCUAAAUUGUGGUAUAUAUUGCCUUUUCAAAACUGGUGUUUAAUUUUUUCACAUUGGUGCUUUGAUAUUGUGACUAAUUAACAAGAUCUUAAUGCUUAACACUGGCGCUACUAUUGACUUCAAUAAGCCUAAUUAUGUGAGCAAAUUCUAUCUAAUUCACUUGAAUGCUUUUUCAUUAAUAAAGGAUAAAUUCUAAUGUACAAAACUUGGUUUUGACAUUCCUAACCAUUUUCAGUCAUAGCAGUGAGCGGCCAGUAAUAGUUCUAAGCAUCCAGUUUUCUGGUGGGCUUUUUUAAAAAACACAUUUACAAAUAGAUAAUUGCCCAUUCAUUUUUAAAGCCUCAUUAUAUUAAAAAAAAAGUUUAAAAAUCCAAGAUAAAUUUUCUUAACCAGUGCUCAGUCCUCAGUCAUAAUAUAUCUCUUUGACUUUGUAAUGCUUUUUACUUAAAGAAGAAAUGAUUGAACCUAUUUUCUUAAUUGGACUAAAUCAGUUAUAUUUCUAGAUAGGCAUGUGUAAGUUUGCUCUGUUAUAGAAAAUGAACAACUGAAUCCUGAUAUCUAAUUUGGAAAUUAGAGCCCAAUUAUAUGGGGCCCCUGGUGGCACAGCAGAUUAAACUGCUGAGCUGCUGAACUUGCUGACCAAAAGGUUAGUGGUUUGAAUCCAGGGAGCGGAGUGAGCUCCCGCUGUUAGGCCCUGCUUCUGUCAACCUAGCAGUUCAAAAACAUGGAAAUUUUUAAAAUCAAUCCAGUCCUUAUCUUAAAGGCUGGUUCCCAGAGCCCAAAGGCACAUGAACGCCCACAGAAAGACUUACAACAGCAGAAGGGUGAUCCACAGAUUCCUUUAUUCUUUCUUUCUGUCGCUCCCUCUCUGUCUUUCUAAGCAAUUUCUUUUUGUCCAAAUGCCAAUGCCAAAAAUGAACUCAGGUGAGCUAUCACUACCUAAAAAGUGUAGCUGCUAAGAGUUGAGCAGGAGUAACCCCAUUCUUGUGCGAUCCUUUUGUUUUCAAAUUUGAACCAUUCAUCACAUCCUCCUUUGUUGGUUUGGCUAAUGUUGGCCCUCUACUCUAGAUCUUAAUGAAAGUGGCUUUGUAUCAGAAUUUGAAAAAAAAGUUUAAGUGCUAAUAAAGACUUAAGUCAUUGUAUUUGCACUAAGUACAUUUCCACAUAUUUUGGCAUUUUCACAUGCCGGGAGGAAUAAGAAUGGGGAAGUGUAUGUGAAAUCAUUGGUUCUUCCAGUCUUUUGCAGUUUCGUGAGUUGCACUGUCCCGGCUGAAAUCAGUACAUAUUCCUCAUGCUUGCAGUUUUUGCACAAUUGUAAUAAAACAGUUUAAAUACAUUUCACUUCUAUAUCUUUAAUGUAAAUAACCUAUGAAAAGAUUGUUAGUUAAUAACAAGAGAAAUAUACAGAUGUUUAAAAACACUCAUUACUAAGCCUUAUUUCAAAAGUGAAGCAUGAUGCUCUUAAUAGUGAUGUCCUUAUAUUUCAUUGCGAAUAUGGUGAAAAUGUCCGUUUUGGCAAAGAUCUCAGGCAUUAACAAUAUACGGUGGAAUUCAUAGCUAGAAUCUGUAUGGAGAUUUUUUAAAAAUUAAAAUAACAAACUAGGUGGUUGGGAAAUAGGAAUAUUGUAUACUACUGUUUACAACUUGUUCUAAUAGACAUAGUAAAGCCAAUUAUAAUACCAAUCAUACAGCCGCAAACUGUUUGGCAGAUAGACUGAACAGGCAAGUGUAUAUCUCUUCCACAAAAACUCUUAUGGCAUAUCUACUAGCAAUCAUUGCUUAAUUCUUUCAGAAGAGUACAUCCAUUCAAUGAUCACAUCUAUACACAUUUGCCUGUGGUUUUUCUGUUGUAACAUUCAUUUUGUUAGUAUCAAGCCAUAAACUAAAAUCCAAUGCAAAUCAAGGGAAUCCUGCAUGUUUGGGAGAUGCAAUUGUUGUACACGCAAGUCCUGUACGUCUGUCUGAUACCAUUACUUUUGUUAUAUGGGUGAUAUUUUUUCUGUAGUUACCUGUGAGUGACAUUGAAUAAAGUCUAACAAAAGA